UGGUGCAGUUCCGACCUCGUCUCUCGCGCCCUGCCCCCUUCUCUGGGCGCUUACGGUGCUGCUCUUCAUCCCCGGGGACUCGCAGCUCGAGCAUUCCUCACAUUCCAGCCGCUCGCGAACAAUCGGUCCUCAGUUAUUUAUUAGAGCGGGGCUCGCUCGCGCUCCUCAGUCUGCUGAAAGAGCUUCACGAGCGCACAAGUACACAGCGCGUAAAGAGGAAGGAAAGAGGACAGCUGAUACACUUUACCGAUUAAAACUUUACGGAUUACCUCGGUCUAGUCGGUCAACAUCAACUAAAUACGACCUGAGUUUUGUACAGUGAUGAAAUUAUAAUCGAGCCCUGUACCUCACCCAGUCACCACCUGCGCCCCAGCCUUCCUCUCCCAGAGUCCCCAGAGAUGCGGACCGCCGAGGACUCGUCCAGCACAGUGCUCCACCGGCUCAUCCAGGAGCAGCUUCGCUACGGAAACCCCAACCACACCCCCACCCUCCUGGCCAUCCAGCAGCAGGCCCUGCGGGGGGGCAGCGGGGGCGGGGGGGCCGGGACCCCCAGGUCCUCCCUCGAGAGCCUGACGCAGGAGGAUCUCCAGGUCCCCCACAUGUGCACCCGGCAGGACCCCCAGGGGCAGGAACACCAGGGGCAGGAACACCAGGGGCAGGAACACCAGGGGCAGGAACACCAGGGGCAGGAACACCAGGGGGACUACAAGCACUUAGAGAGCUCAGACUGCCACCUCUACCAGCUCCACGGGGAGGAGCUGCCCUCCUACGAGGAGGCCAAGGCCCACUCCCAGUACCUGGCCUCCCAGAGGGGCGUGGGCCCCCAGAGCGGGGCACCCCACAGCGGGGCACCCCAGAGUGAGGGCCAGUGGGACGUGAGGAGAGAGCAUGCCCGCUCCCUCAGUGAGCGCCUGCUGCUGCUGUCUCUGGAGAGGACCAGCUCUUCCCAUCCCCUGGCCCUCAGCGCCUCACACAGUUACCCCCAGCUGUCCAGCCUCCACCCUGGCCCCCAUGCCCUCCAGGGCCCCGGGCCCCUGCAGCACCCGGACCAGAGAGGCCCCCCUCCAGACUACCCCUUCCUAGUCAGGGCCCCGGGGUACAUGGUCAGUCACUCCCAGGAGCACCCACACGGACACUACUACAGCGAGCCUCCGCCCCCCUUCCACUCCCAACACCACAGGUUUGUACCUGUCGAGGCCCAGGUGGUCCGGAACAGCAUCUACCCCACCGUGAGCGCUGCAAGCCCAGAGCAGUUCACUACAACUCCCAGAAUGCCUAGCAACAGCUCUGUCCAGAUGGAGGUGCUGCUGAGAGAGAACGAGAGGCUGAAGAGGGAGCUGGAGGGCUGCGGGGAGAAGGCUGCGAGGCUGCAGAAGCUGGAGCAGGAGAGCCAGAGGAUCUCUGAGGCGUACGAGAUGCUGAUGAACAGCUCAGCCAAGAGGGAAGCCCUGGAGAAGACCAUGAGGACCAAGCUGGAGGACGAGAUCAGGAGGCUGCACGACUUCAACCGGGACCUGAGGGAUCGUCUGGACACGGUUACCAGACAGCAUGUUGCUAAAGAAGUUGAAUCAGCAGACCACAAGCAUCACAUCUUCGCCAAACUCCUUGAACAAAACGAGGCGCAUCAGAGGGAGAGGGAGCUGCGAGCUCAGCGCUCCUCAGGGGAGGAGUGGGUGCGGAGGCGUGAGGCCCUUGAGGCCGCGCUGUGCAGUGAGCGUGCGCGUGUGCGGCAGCUGGAGGAGGAGCUGGGCAGGAAGAGAGCGUACGUGGAGAAGGUGGAGGGCCUGCAAGGCUCGCUCGCCCAACUGCAGGUGGCCUGCCAGAAGAGAGAGGCUCUGGAGCUCAGGCUGCGCAACAGGCUGGAGCACGAGCUGAAGACCAUGAGAGCCCAGCAGCGCCAGGCUCAGUUUCCCCAGCUCCAGGCUCAGGGCCCCCAGCAGGUGCAGCAGAGCCCCUGGGCCCUCCGGCUGCAGCUCAGGGAGCGGGAAGAGCGGGUCCUGGCUUUGGAGGCUGACAUCACCAGGUGGGAGCAGAAGUACCUGGAGCAGAGCACCAUCAUGCAGUUUGCCAUGGACGCUGCUGCCACCGCCGCCGCGCAGAGAGAUACAACCAUCAUCAAGCACUCCCCCCGCCACUCCCCCAACGACAGCUUCAACGACGACAUGCCUCUGACCAAUCACAGACACCAGGAGCUGGAGAACAGGAUCCAGGUUCUGCAUGGUGAGGUCCUGGAGAAGGAUGCUGUGAUCAGAGUUCUGCAGCAGAGAUCCAGGAGAGAACAGCAGGGUCUGAGACAGGCCCUCUCUGCCCCCUCCAUCCCAGGCUCCGGGGACAGCACCGGCACCAGGGGGGAAGGGAAGAGUCUCUCAGAUGACCAGACGUUCUCGCUGCCCCCCCGUCCCCCUGCCCCCCUCAGGCCCCACAGCCGGGACUCCAGCACCCAGUGUGACGCCCCCCCCCAUGGAGGAUGACCUUCAGCCUCCCUUGGCACCAGAUUCAGAUGCUUCGGAGCACGUGAAAGCAGCCCUCAACACGUACAAGAAUCUCACCUCCUCCGACGCAGACGUGGUAGAAAUCCUUAUUUAAGAAGGAGAACCCCGAAACACAGCCAAUGAAGCUGAACAGGACCCAUGUCCCUGGUGAUGUCAGUCCUUCAGGACGACAGGAGCCCUCUGCCAGGAGGUCUCCUGACCCAGUACCCCUCCAACGUCUCCAGAGAGAGACCCAUGCACGGGUCUGGAGGAGAGAGGAGGGGAGAGAGGAGGGGAGAGGGAGGGAAGAGAGGGAGAGGAGGGGAGGAGAGCUGCGCUUUCCUCUCCUGAUUCUCCUCAUCUAAAAAAACACUAGAACUGUUGUCUGUGGUGUUGUCAGACGUAAGGUACCGGCACACAUUGUCUAUGUGAUUUGGUGUUAUUUUAUAUAUGUUCUUUGUUAUUUAGCUCUGUGUUUAUAUUUAUAAGUGCUGCUGUUAAUGUGCUGUGACAUUUUUGCAUGGAUUUUCGUUAUUUUUAAGAGUAAGAGGAAGUGACCCUGAUGAAGGUGUGUCUUGUUCCUGUCUCCUCUCACCUCUGCAGUACUUGUCUGUGUUCUGGCUCUGCCAGUGUUGGGCAUCGAGACAGCCCAAGUUCCUGCAUACAAUCCAUCCUCAGUCCAUGUGACAGUCAGGCUUCCUACAAGGCUAUGUGAAGCUAAAUGCUUGGCUUGGGGAAGUCAGUUGUAGAAUGUGUUUACACAUCCUACCCUCGCAUUCCUCCAUUCCUCUGUGUUCCUCUGUGUAGACUGACUAUGCCUCCCUGCCCCUGCACCCCCCCUCCUUAGGGAACUAUGCAGUUGGUGCUCUCUGGGGGGCUGUGGGGGCCCUGCACACAGCUUAACCGGGGGGUCUGAAAUCCCCCUUUUCAGGGUUAGGGUGCGGAGGUCAUGGGCUCUCCUAGACCCGUCCGAGAGAGCAGCGGAGGGGAGAGAGGCUGGGGUUCACAGGAGCCUCGUUUUUAAGAGGCCUGGUUCUGGUGCUCUGGGCCCUCAGACGGCCGCGCCCCCCUCCCCAGCACCAUGCCUCGGCCAGAAGGAAGAGCCUAUCUUCAGGCUGACCUCCGACCCCCGUUAAACCGUCUGUCUUCUCUGAACGCUCAUCUUGUCACUCGUCUAUGUCGACGCCUCGGCAGCAGGUUCUGCUGGGGGUCUAAAGAUCCAGGAGGUUCUUUGCAGUACUGAGGACACAGGACAGCCGUAUUUGGCUCGUGUUUUCCAUUUUCUAUUUGUUGAUGCUAAACAAGAGUUACAAUGAAGUGCUGUUUUCUUCUCUGCUCGAGUAUCAAGCGUGUCUGUGUUCAUACAUGAGAGACUUCUGAAAGACCCGCAUUAUCAGGAACAGGAAACCCUUUGAGUUCCUUUCUGUGUGUUAAAUGCAGAAGUAUGUAUGACUGUGAUGUGGAAACUGGAAUGUGUGGGGCGGAGUUAGUGUGGUUCUGUACAAACUCUUCAGUCUGUCACCUUUUUUAACUGCUUUUUAAAUGUUUUAAAUGUUUUCCUCUCACAGUGCAGUUGCUGGUCAAUGAUCUGUGUUUGAAAACUGUUUGCUAUUUUAAAAUGCUUUUUCACUUUUUGUACUUUGUUUACAUAAAAGGGUUGUAUCGACCUAAGAGAGGUUAAUAUAUUUUGUAUAUUUUAUUUCUUUUUAGUAUUCAGUGGUGUGAACAUAACGCCAAAGAUUUGCAUUACUUUUAAGUUAUAACUGAAAUAUAACUAUAUAUGCAUGCAAGGUUUCAUGUGUAGAAGGCCUUGCUUUAUGUGGGUGACCCAUUGUAAAGUUGCUGUGAACUUCUAAAAUGGGGAUUUUUUUUAUUCCAAUAACAAUUUAUUAAUAGAAUAAAGACUUUAAUAUAUAUCUUGAAA